CUUGAAGCUGUGGAGAUGGAGGGGAAUAUUCAUCUAUGCACCGACGAUUCUCAUUCCAGCCUGUCGCUAUCACGGCCCGGAGGAUCCCAGGUUACAGAAAAGCGCAGGCUAUUAUUGGUCUACAUCCACGGCUUCAUGGGCUCGGAAGCUAGCUUCCAUGACCUUCCCCUCCAUGUUCAUGACCUUUUAACGGGCUCGCUGAGCGAAUCACACGUGGUAUACACUCGGAUGUAUCCACGAUACAAAUCCCAGGGCGAGAUACAAACAGCAGUCGACCAAUUCAGCGCCUGGAUAUCGCCACAUGAGGCGCAUGAUCUGGACGUCAUCCUGCUAGGACAUAGUCUUGGUGGAAUUUUAGCCGCCGACGUUGCACGUCUGCAACAAAGCGGGCGCCCAAAGCAUCGAAUUUUAGGGAUUGUGGGAUUUGAUGUCCCCUUCCUGGGGAUCCAUCCUCGCGUGAUACCCACUGGGACCAUGGGAUCGAUGCCAAAGAGAAACCCAGCAGCUGAAGAGAAGCUCGCCGGAGAACAAGAAUCUUUAGGCUUGCAACCAGCCUUCAAACCUCCCCCUCCCAAUCCCAAUUUCGACCCUCCGUUCAUGAACGAUGUGCGUUUGGUUGAGCGUGGCUUCCUGAAAGGUAUCAUGCAUUUUGUGAACAAGAACACGGAUAAUCUCUCACGAUCUAUCUUUGAUCGCCUCAUGUCGCCCUUGAAAUUCGCUGGCUGCGUUAAUAAUUACUCAGAACUUCGCCAGCGAUAUCGCCACCUAAUGGAGAUGGAAAAUGCUGAGUCCAGCCCGGAGAGGGUGCGUUUUAUCAACUACUAUACCGCGAGCACUGGUCGCAAACCAAAGCCACGGAAGUCGAAGGAAAAAUCAGAGAAGAAAUCCAAGAAGUCACAAAAAGAUGAAGAGCACAUAAAGGAAGCCGAAGACAUUGAUCAGACCAAUGAUACAAUGAGAACCGACUUACAAGAAUAUUCAAAAACGCUAGAUCCUUGUGAAGAAACUGAAACGACCUCCUCAAUGAGCAAAUUGUCAAUGGAAGAGCAGACUCUAAAGUCCGUCACUUCUCAUUCUUCCUUGACUACUGCAAAAGUCAAUGAUGAGAAUGAACCCCUUUCAACUGAAGAGAAAGGUAUUGCAACGUCUACUGCAGCUUCAGUUGACCACAUAGAAAGCCCGUCCCUCCCAGGAAGCGUUUCCCUCUCAGAGGAAAGCGGCUCCAUUUCAAUAUCAGAAUCCACGGACCUUUCUAAACAACAACUUCGCAAAUUCAUCCUUUUACCGUCGCAUCAUUGGAAAUACAAUGACAAUUCCCAUUGGCAGCCCAUAUUAAUGGAAGAUAUGGACGAAGUGAUGGCUCAUCAGUCUAUGUUUAUCCCCCAGGGUGAAAAUUAUGACCAUCUCGUGGGGGAUAGCGUUGGUCUAAUUGAGCAAUGGAUUGAGAAUGAUCUCAGUCGACGGUUUCUUCAAGAAAACCUUGAUUAG